AUGCAUCCAAACCAACAAAAACUGAUCAACUGCGCCCGCGAAUUCUUCGCGGAAGUAGAAGAGCUAACACCGGGCAAAGCCCUCGAAAACCGCCUCAAUGCCAACUACGGCCCCGGAACAAAAUACUACGAAACACUCUGCACUCUAAUCCGGCAGGGCAUAACCAACAACGAAGGUUGGGUCGCAACGGACGAGCUAGACGGCCCGAAAUACCGACGGAGUCGAAUUAGCCCUCCGUGCGAGGAGACGCGGUUUUUCAGUAUUACGACGGUCUACAUGGAAAGUGAAGAGGUGUAUCGUGGCCAGUAUCACCUCCAUCCGUAUGGUGAAAUCAACUGUGUUGUACAGCUUGAUCCUUCGGCCGAGUUGAUGGGGAUGUCAGGAUGGCAGGGCUCGGGCUGGACUUCUCCUGCUCCUGGGACGCAUCAUUACCCUGAGGUUAGAGGAGGUGCACUUGUUGCAUUGUUCUUUUUGCCUGCUGGGCGGAUUUCAUAUAGCAGGGCGAAGCCGGGGGAUCCUCAGCCUGUUGGGAUUUAG